AUGAUAGCAAAUAUAAUUACUUUUUUAGUUUCUUCCCUAUCAUUAACAUUCAUAGGUUUAUUGUACACAUAAAUAGUCACCUAUAAAUAACAAAAGGAUGUUGAAAUAUUAAUUGGUUUCUUGAAUAAGUUUAUAUCAUAAAAUUAUUAUAAUCCUUAGUCAUAUGAUAGAGAAGUAACUAAUUAUUUCUUAGUAGUUCAAUUCGCUUCUUGUAUAACCUGAAAAUGAUUACUGCAUCCAUUCAGAUACAUACAAAUAUUACCAUCCUGAUUCCAUAAUGUUGGAUACCUAUACAUUUAGAGAAUAUUCAGGUCUAGUAAAACAAGCACUUUAACAACACUUUUUCGACGUAUUGCCAAAUGUCACACUCCACAAAAGGAACAAAGAAAGUAAGCAUAGCAUCAAUUUUAGCACCUCAUAAAUAUAAAUUUCCCUUGUAAUUAACACUACCAUACACUUAUUAUGAUUAAUUACUAUUUACAUUUAAAGUAGGUUAAAGUAUAUUAUUUAACAUUAACAAUAGGUUCAUUGUGUCUCUUUCAAAAUUAUAACCAUUUACCUUAAAGAUCCUCCUUAUCCCAUAAAAAUUAGUUGAUGACCAAUUAACUCAAUUAUUUAAAUGAUAUCAAAAAUAAAGGUCUUCAUAAGGAUUGCAUUGUAAUAGAUUUGAUAAUAUUUAGGCCAAUGCCACUUUUAUGCCCAAAUCCUAUCGACUUUUUGAAGAGUCUGAAUGUAAGGAGUUUUUCUCCUACUUGAAUUCGACCGAGUAUCAGAAAAAAGUAGAUAAAGAGGGACCUUAAUUUAUUGUUAAAAUGGGAUUAGAAGUCCAUAGAGGAAGAGGCAUAACAAUGUUGUUUCCGGAUGAAACUGAAAAGUUGAAGGAGAAAUUUCAGAAUGGAUUAGGUUGUGGAGUGAUUUAAACCUAUAAAGUGGCUUAAUAAUACAUAGGGAAUCCAUUAUUAUUUAAGGGACAUAAAAUAGAGUUUAGGGUUUAUUGGAUUGUAGCAUCUACGAAUCCCUUGAUUGCAUAUGCAUAUGAUAAAACGCUUAUAAGGAGAUGUAUUUAUCCAUUUGAUAAAUUCUCAACACUCAAAGGAGCUCAUGUUUGUAAUACAGCAAUUGUUAAGAAGACUUUACAUUCGAUAUUAAAGGAGUAAGAAAAUGACGAAAAUGAUGAGAAUGAUAACGAUGAUAAUGAUGAACUUAUUACUUCAACUACAACAACUACAACAACUACACAAAAAACUACAACUGCAACCUAAACAACAAAAACUAUUAAUACUACUAUUAAUUAGGCCUAAAAUAUUAAUAAAACUAUUUCUGAUCAAAAUAAUUUUUAAGAUCUUUAUAUAGAUUGGAAACUUGAUUAUUUAUAAGAAGUCUUGUUGAAAUAGGGUAAAAUAAAGAAUAGAAAAUGGUUAAAAUAAGAAUUGUUGCCUUAAGUUGAUAGAAUGAUUAUUCACGCAAUCAGAAGCACUUAAAAUACAUUUAUCAAAGAUAGCAAAUUAGGAGAGUUCUUUGCUGCUGACUUCCUCUUAACAGAUGACCUCAAACUUCAUAUAAUGGAAAUCAAUUACAAUCCAUAGACUCUCAAGACUACUUAGGCACGACUAAAGCAACAUACGAAAAUGGUCUAAGAUAUGGUGGAAAUAUCCAAUGCCUAUCUAAGAAGUAGAUAUAUAAGAUUUAGAAAGAUAAUUGAUAGUGUUUUAGAGAAGCUAUUGAAAGGGAAAUCAAGAAUCAAAGAUCUGGUAAAUCAGAAAUUGGGCUAAGAGAUUCAUCAAGCUUAUUAUAGUAGGUUGGAACCAAACAUAAAGAUCAGUUCAAAUAAUCUGUUUAGAUUGGUUAUGGACGAUGGUUUACCAGGUACGUCUAAAUACAAGGACCUCUUGCAGGAGAAGUGUUUGAAAUGAUAUAUUAUUCACAUUGUUA